AGGUUAUUCUUCCCCUUUCCUUUACCAGACAUCCAGAUAAGAACCUGCCCCUUCUGUUUCUUGUGCUUCUUCUACUUCUUCUGCUUUUUGAUUUCCUCUGCAUGCUUUUGUGUUCCUGAUAACUCCGAGGCACGAGUUGUGGAGCAGUGAGUCCGCCUGGCUGGGUGCCAGCAUCCACAAGCAGCUCCUUCAGCCUUUCUACCACCCCUGGACAUGAGCCCAGAGACACACCUAACAAAAUCCAGGUGUGGUUGCCAUGAGCUAACCUGGCAUAGGCGGGACAAGGCUGCCAUUAAAACAACAGCCGCCUAGAGGCACGGAGAUCGGCUCACACUUUCCCUUUGCCACACUUUGGAGACUGAACGCAUUAGAGGACACAGCAGAAAUUUAGGUGCCAGUUCCAUGGCUCUUGUCCUUGGAUGAGGAAGGCCUCAGAAGACCAAGAAGAUAAAUUGUCCCGGAAGACUUAAUAGCUGAAGGAUGUCAAAAGUCAUCCCAAACCACAUUGUACGUGUUGGACAGACAAUAUGUGUCUCCUCCCAAGAAGAACAUGCUUGUUUGCAACACCCUGCUGGAUGCUUGUCCAGUCACACGUUGCCAGCGCAGUAUUUGUAUUACUCAGUGCAAGGCUGGGACAGACAGAGCGCAAUGGCCCAAGCCAAAGGAUGUUCACUGCCCAGCUCAGAACUCUAUGCCCCUUGUAAACCUGUGACAGAGGUCAUGCCUGUGGCACCCCCAGACCUGCAAGAGGCACCGACAGAGGCAAGGCAGGGCACCUGCUCAGUGUCUCCUACUUUGGAUGUAUCCAUUGAGGACUUGAACCGCCUGAUCUUGGAAAUAGACCCAACUUUCCAGCCUCUCCAGCUGAAACCAGCUCACACACAGAGUCCUGUCCAAACUAUUCCACCCAGCGACCCAGCAGUGCCACAAAAGAAGGAAGCAGACUCACCAGACAUCAAAUACAUCGAGAUGUCACCUGCCAGAGCAAAGGGGGCAGAAAGCUGGCAGAAUCCAGCAGGCUCAUCCAGCACGUCACUCUCUGUGUCUCCCCGUCUGCUUCCAUGUGGAGGAACCCCCAGAAAUACCUGUGACAUGGGUGGCCCCAUGGCCUUUGUGCAUGCCCACGAUCUUGGAGGACUUCCAGCCACAGGGAGGCAGCCGCCAAUGUGUACUCAGGUGUCUGAGAGUAUCUCCAUUCCACAGCGGGGCCAGAAAAACUCUGCUGCCCAUGGGUCAGAUUCACACCUGGCUUCCUCUCCAGGCUUUGAGAAUUUUCUGAAGCUGGCCCACCAUGGGAGGCUAGCCCAGAGGUGCAGUGAGGCUUCAAUGCUUUCGACAAGCCCUGGAUCAGACACCAGUUACGUUCUUGGAAGUAGCACCCAGUCACUGUCCAGCGGUGUACCUGACACUCCUCCGACCAGGUCAACAGGCAGUCUUUCCUCGGUUGGCUCUCUCAAUGGCUCCUAUGAUGGCAUCUGUAGCUCCAGUUCCUACCACCCCAGUGUCCUUUGCUCCCAGAAAGGGAAUUCUUCUCUACCUCAGCCACCUCAGAAGGGACAGACCCACAACGGCUCUCCACCCGUCGCAAACUCUUCACCCCAAAUCCCCAUUGUUCUCAUCAAUGGUCGUCUGGAAGACAGCGAGGCUUUCUCCAGACCUCCCCAGGUUCACCCAAGUUCUUUCAGGCACAAGAUCCCGCAGCCCAAUUCAGGCGUGUUUUCAGGAGCCGGUGGUUCCAACAAGACUUCUUCUGAGAGCUCACUCUCCUCCAUUUCAUCAGUGGACAGUUGGUCCAAAGAUACCCAGCCAACUAUGAAGUUUGUAAUGGACACCUCUAAAUACUGGUUCAAACCUACCAUCACGAGGGAUGAAGCUGUCCAACUGCUAACAGAUAAACUCCCCGGCACUUUCAUCAUGCGGGACAGUACAUCAUACCGUGGCUCUUUUGGCUUGGCCAUGAAAGUCUUCAGCAGCAAAACAGGGGAGGAUGGUGGUGACCACAUCAGACACUUCCUCAUUGAAUCUUCUGCCCGGGGAGUACAUCUCAAGGGGGCUGAUGAAGAGCCAUAUUUUGGAAGUCUCUCAGCGUUUGUGUACCAACACACCAUCAUGCCGUUAGCACUGCCCUGCAAGCUGGUCAUUCCCAGCCAAGAUUUCAUUGGAGGACAAGAAAGUCCCACCAUGAGUGCUGAAAUCACUCCUCCAGUUUCCCAGAAAUUUGCUGCCUGCAAUCUCUUGUUCCUGCACUCCAUGACCAUGGAGACCCUCACUGGCAAAGCAGCAAUCCAGAAAGCAGUGUCCUCGGCAUUCGAGCUGGAGGUCCUGCCCACGCCCACCAUCGUCCACUUCAAAGUGACGGAGCAAGGAAUAACCUUGACAGACAUCCAGAGAAAGGUUUUUUUCAGGCGACAUUAUCCCUUGGCUACCAUCAGCUUUUGUGAGAUGGACCCCGAAAAUCGAAAAUGGCAAAAGUUUUCCAGAACUUCAAGGAUCUUUGGAGUAGUUGCUAAAAGCCCAGCAGACUCAGAGAAUGUUUGCCACCUCUUUGCAGAAUACGAUGCGGUACAUCCAGCUUCUCAUGUUGUUGACUUUAUCAAGAAACUUUUACCUGCUGCUUAAAAGAAACCUAAUACUGGGUCAUUUAAUUUCCAGCAGCCCCUCACCUCCUAUUACCCAAGUAUACUGCCUCCUUACUCAGUGGAUCUAAUACAUAUAGUCUGAUUGAUUGAUUGACUGCACCUUUACCUCCAGAAGCUGACUGGGUUGCAUUUUGAAAAUUCUUGAGGUUCCAGACAAAUGCCGGCUGCUGUGUUGAAGGGCUGGGAUUGGUGCAUUGUCUCAUGUUCUCUUUUGUGUACAGAAAGGCCAGCCAUGUAAGUUUUCGGUUGUGUUUAUCAGCUACAUGGGCUUCUUCAUGGGAAGAUACUUUUGUUGCACGUGAAUCUGCACUGUUUGCUGUGCCAAUAUCACAUGUUUAGGCUAUGUUUGCCAACAGCAAAGUUAUUCAAUUGUUAUGCCAGAAGUAUUGCAAUCACAGCUGUACCCACAUUGUCACGAUUAAUUUGCUACUUCUGUCCAUUUACUGUAAUGACCUAUGAGUAAUACAAUAAACUCAAGUUUUGCAAACGAA